AUGAUAUCAAUCGUUAUAUUUUUUACAUUUAUUAUUUCGAUAACAACAGCUCAAAAUAUAACAUCCCGAGCAUUAACUCCCUGUACAACAUCAACUGAUUGCGGUCAAGGAAUAUGUAAUACAAAUACAACCCCUGCUCUAUGUAUAUGCAAUCGUGGUUGGUCAUUAGCACGAGAUGGAUCUAAUCAAUGUACUUAUCAACAAAGAUCAAAAUUAGCCGCAUUUCUACUUUCAUUUUUUCUUGGUGGUUUAGGUGCUGAUUGGUUUUAUUUAAGUGUUGGUAAUGCAGGUUAUAUUGUAGCUGGAGUUUUUAAAUUAUUAACUCUUGGUGGUAUUGGUAUAUGGUGGCUUGUUGAUUGGAUUCGAAUUUUAACUAAUUCAUUUCUCGAUGGACAAGGUGUUGGUUUACUUGAAUGGAGUCCAUAA